UAAAAAAUGGCUGCGCCCAUGAAACGAGUUUUUGGCUAACUUGAAUUUGCUUCAAAUUAUUGUUUAAUUCGUCCGUUUUUAUUCAAUGAUACUUCAAAAGUAAACAUUUAACCAAACUUGAAACAUCUAAUUAUGAUUCGAAGCGUGACACCUCGGUUCCUAAGCUGUGCGAGGUUGGCAAACUCGUUCGAACGUUUGUUGACUGUUUCUUGCAAAUGUUUAACUACACCAAAGGGAGAAACUACCAUGAACGUGUUUGACAGAAAAGCCAAAAGAAUUCAGAGGGAUAGAACUGCGCUUCUACCGGAUUACAAAGUUUAUGAAUAUAUUAAGGAAGAAUUUGGUUACAGAUUGGCUGAUAGAGUUUUAGACGUCAAAAGAGAGUUUGACAUAUUAGUAGAUCUUGGUUGUGGUAGAGGCUAUGUUUCAAAACACUUACUGAAAGAUACAGUGAAAACUAUAUAUCAGUGUGAACUGUCAGAAAAAAUGCUGCUUCAGAGUGAGGUAUCACAGGAGGUUCCUACACAUAGAAUUGUGAUGGAUGAAGAAUUUCUGCCAUUUAAAGAUGAAUCUCUAGAUAUUGUUGUUAGUAGUUUAAGUUUACACUGGGUCAAUGACUUACCAGGUUGCUUCAGACAGGUACAUAAUGCAUUGAAGAAGGAUGGAGUGUUUCUAGGGUGUUUAUUUGGUGGUGAUACUUUAUUUGAACUAAGAGUAUCUUUACAACUUGCUGAGCAAGAAAAAGAAGGGGUAAGUAAACUUGUGGAUAGCAGUGGUCUGAUGGGUUACUAUAUAGAUGAAAUUUUUUCAACCCACAAUAAAGAGUUAAUGUAUGAUCUGAAAGGGAUGGCAGAAAAUAAUUGUGCAUGGUCAAGAAAAAACUUUUUACGAAGAUCCACAAUAGAAAGAGCUGACGAAAUAUACAAAGAAAUGUAUGGUAAUGACAAAGGAGUUCCAGCCACAUUUCAAGUAAUUUAUUUCAUAGGAUGGAGGCCCCAUCCAUCUCAGCCAAAACCUGCACAGAGAGGCUCUGGUCAGAUAUCAUUUAAAGAUUUGGAGAACCUAGACCAAAUUACACAAAAACUCAAAGAUGAAGACUUGGACAAGUUAAAGUCAACUUCCUCGGAUAGCGGUGAAAAUUCUGACACUAAAGAGGAUCCCAAAAAGUCUUGAUGAAGAUGUGUAUUAUAGAUAUUAAUUUAAAUAGUGAAGACAAAAUAUUUUUUGAGGUCUACAUAUUGUGAACCAUUGUGUUUGAAUGUGUGUUUAUAGUAGAUACAAACUUUGCGGUGAUUAUUUGAAGCCAUCGUAUGUACUUGUUAUAUAUUUUUUGAGAGAAGAAAAGUUUUUGUUACUUUUUUCAUGUAUUGCCUUUACCGAAUACUAGUAACUACAGUCAGUGUCCAAUUAGUAUGGACAGCUAGAGCUAUCUUUUUGGUGGUUUCUGUUCUUUGGAAUAAUAUUUUACACCACCUACGAAGUGUGUAAGUUUUUAAAAGUGACA